AAAUCGCAAGCUCCUCCGAAUAUCGCGGAGUUUCCUUGAUUUUUGCGUACAGAUUCCUGCGAUCGCUAAAUCGCUAAAUCCCGGAGGGACCGCGCCUGUUGUAUAACCUGACAUGGAUCAUACUGUAGAAUUCAGUCUGAUCUAGAAUUCGGACAAGAUUGUAUCCAGAUCAUCUCAUGUAGCGUGUAAUCUGAAAAGACCACUGCAGUCAGAACCUCUCCCUCGCUCGUAGUCUGUCUGGAUCAAACUAUUAAAGCCGGGUGCACACCGUGCGAUUUUUAAUAGUCCUUUGCGACUGUUGCUUGUCAGACUGUACGAACACGAUCCCACGUCACACUGUAGGAGCUCAGCUGUCAUUAAUGUCAGACAAGACGUGAUGCAAGAAGAUGCGUCCGGAGUCGGAGAUGCCACACUACAGGACUGCGCCUCAUAUUUUCUGACACUGCCAGAAUUUAAUCGGAGUUAAAAUCUGAUCGCAUCGGCUAUCGGGGAACGCGUCAAACUAGCGAUCAAAGACUACGAAUUUUGGACUAGGAUUAUACAAAUCUUUUCGGAUUCUCCAAAUUUGUCCCAAAUCGUACAGCGUGAACCCGACUUAAGUUAACAUCUGAAAACUUUUCAUCAUGACUUGCUCGGUGCUCCUGUUUCUGGAGCUCAACCCUUCCUAUAGAAUCAGGAUAAUCAAGCAGGUUCAUUGCUGUAGUAUGUGAAGCAGUUGGAAGUUUAGUGCUCCAGGAACAGGUUUGGUGAUCACUUUGGCUCGUCCUAGUGCUUCAGGAGAGCUCAGGGUGAGGUUUUAAUUUUUUUAUGUUGUUUUUUUUUUUUUUUUUUUUGAAGUAGCAGCUCGUUACGUAACAGCCGUGGCCCUUUGAUUACGUAGAAACUACGAGCAGCUGAUGAUCUAAUGGAUGUUCAAACGGUUUUGAGGAGACGGUUGUGUCGUGCUCUCUGUAAGUCUGGAAGCGAAGCGUGGUCCCGGCGCGACAGCAGCGCAUGAAUAUUACCGUGCGCGUGCUACUUCGGAAGUAGGUCACCGCUUCAACCGUGUCUCUCAACUGCUGCUGCUGCUGCUCCUCUCUCCGCGUUCCGCUUCCCUGCUCCACACCGAGCCCGCUUCCAAUAACCACGACCCGGGAAUCUCACCGGAAUCUCACGCUCCUUUAGAUUUUAUAUAUAUAUAUAUAUAUAUAUAUAUUUUCACUCGGCUGACAGAGUGGACUCUGAGGAUCUGCAUGGACGAUUGUAAUGACACAUGCACGGCAGAGGAACUCUUUAUGUAGAUAUCGAAGUGAAUCCAAGGAGCAGGUGAGCUGCCAGAUACAUGCUGAAACCAUGGGCAGAACCUGGCCAGAGUGCCCAGUGCUAGAAAAGAAGACUAAAAGGCAUUCCUAUAAAAGAGGAAGAGAUAAAGAACUAAAGCAGCAAAGCACAGAUAGCGACCGGAAGCUUUAUCCCCUCAGAGGACGGCAGGGAAUGAGUGACGUGGGUUCCUUAAAGUGCUGUGUUCUACUGACUCGCUUAGAAGAAGGAGGAACUGGCAAGGGCAGCAUGAGAGCUGUGCCUAAGAACAAAAGGAAAAGAAAUAUGAAGGCAAAGAAGGGAAGGUCCAAAUCCUGCAAGUGUCGGAAGAAGGGCUGCAAAGUAUGCCAGCCAACGCCUGGACCAAAAAGCAACCCCAAACCUGACAAAACUGCCUUAUACUUGGAACUUCUAGAACCUCGAAAGCGACGGUUGGCCUCUCUUAAUGCGGAGGCAGUCAAUAGCCUGUUGUUGUUUAGAGAGGACUCUCAAAUGUCCAGAAAACAGCAGAAUUCUCAAAAGGCUGAUGGCGAACUCCCAAAAGGAGAAACGGACAGUUCAAAGAAAGGACUAGAAGGCCAAAAACGUGCACAUACAGGAGAAGGAGAAGAGAGUACAAAUCCUAAAAAAACCAAGAAGGCAAAGACAGAGUCUGAACACCUGGACCAGCUGAAUCUAAACAGUCCAACGCCAAGGCGUCUAGCAGGUUUAAAUGCGGCAGCUCUUCUGAAGCUAACUAGCACCUCAUCUGGCGCUAAACGGCGAGCUAAAACGGACACCAAGCCAGGCAGCGGAGGAGCACGAACAAAACAACUGCAGGGAAAGAUGAAAAAACAACACAGCCCACUAUGCCUGUCCAAGCUGCCAGUAUCUCAACAGUGUUGCAAUCUCUGCAAGAAGGAGGCUCUCAAGACUGACACUUUGUGGGAAGGCACUUCUGGGGGCCAUGACUUCAUCAAACCUGGAUACCAAUGCAGGUCCAUGCUGAGCUACUCACUGAAGCCUGUGAAAGAGGAGAAAACUGAGACUGAUGUCAAUUCAUGUUACUGCUGUUCCCAGGAGAGAUCUGUGGAAUAUUGUCACCGACUAGCCCUGUUCCUUGGGCAGAAGGCGUAUCCUGAAUCAGAACAGCAUUCGUUGCCAUCUGUAAAAGGAUUCCUUCCUUCCCCUCACACACUAACCCACCCAGCUUUGACGCUAGGUGCUCAUUCUUACCCAUGCUACCCUGGUUACUAUGUCCACAUUGCCCACCAUGGGACAUCCUCACUCCCUGUAAGUACAAGUCCUGGACCCCAUGCACCACCUUCUGUACCUCCUAUUACACUGUGUCCCACUGGGGUCCAGAGACCCAAACUACUGCCCUCUCCAGUGUCUCACCCUUCAGGAAUUCCUCAUCCAGUGUACUGCAGCUCCGUGGGGACAUGUUAUGGAGAACCAUGUAGGAUCAGCGGCUGUGCCUACAGACACACUCAGCCCAUCGCUAACAGGGGCUGUUCAUUCAGUGCCGGGUGCUCCAGCUGCAGCCACAAAAUCAAGAUGGAGGACUACCCCUACCCACUGGACAAGCACAGCCCUUCUAUCUCCAUGCCCCCCACCUUGCCCCUGUCUGUCUGCCCCAUCCCCAGCGUGCCUGCUGCCACCCAGCCCAUGCCCCACCUGCAGUCUCCUCUGCCGGACGCUGGGCGUCCUCAGGUCCAGUUACACGUAGGCCGAGAGUGCCCUCAGAGUGCCAAGCCACCCAGCAGCUCGCGCUCUGCGAUACGGGACACAGCUGUCUGCCCCCAUGUGAAGGAGGGCCAGCUGGGAGCCAGCCACGGCAGCCAAAGCACCAAACAGGCCAAGAUCAGUCGGCGGCGGGCCACCAACGGCUGGCUGCCUGUGGGCACAGCCGCUGAAAAGGAGGUAUUCAUAGUGGGUGAGGAGUUGCCAGCACUGCGCAGGUGCUAUGAAGGAGUGCAGAGAGACGGAGAAGUAAUCAGGGUGCGAGACACUGUGCUGCUGCGUUCUGGCCCCCGGAAGAAAUCCCUCCCGUAUGUGGCUAAAGUGUCUGCCUUCUGGGAGGACCCUGAGUCAGGGGAGCUGAUGAUGAGCUUGUUUUGGUACUACCGUCCAGAGCACACUCAGGGGGGCCGCAAUCCCAGCAUGCACUGUGAGAACGAGAUUUUUGCUUCCCGGCACCAGGACGAGAACAGUGUCGCGUGCAUUGAGGAUAAGUGCUACGUCUUGACAUUAGCACAAUAUUGCAGAUUUUGUGCCUUGGUGAAGCGUCGCGAGGAGGGUUGUCCCAAAAGUGCCCCCCUGGUCCCUCCGGCUUGCGAUUACACCAUCCCAGCUCAUCGCAGCGUUCCCGCUGAUAUCGACCCUGACCUGGUGUUUGUCUGUCGCCAUGUUUACGAUUUCCGCUACGGCCGCCUUCUCAAGAACCUGCAGUAGCGGUAGUAGUAAAAACGUUUUCUAUGAUGGAGCCAUACACUGAAAACCAGAGUCCAUAAGGUGAAGACACAAUCAAUAUCCUAAUCAAAGGAAUUCCUGAAAGGCCACAGGACUGUCAAAACUGAAGCUGUGCUUUCCAGACUCCAUACUUGUACAAGCUGAAAUUAUUUUAGUUUGGUGAUUUAGCGUAAUGCUGUUUUGAGCACAACUUGGGACCGAUCUGAUGGCCAAUAUGUGAUCUGUAACCCCAUCAAACUGCUUAUAUAUAUAUGGCUUGUCAAUAGUUCUAUUUUAUAGUCGCUGCAUUUGUGUGCGGAAGAAAAACUAUCAAAGCUGUAGGUACAUUAGGGGUACCUUAAAUUAUGAAAUAGACUAUAAAUGUGCCCAUAUUGGCUGUAGAGUUAUUUAUUUAUAGAUAUAUGGUGGAAAUAUUUAUUUUUAGAGCAAUUAAAAAUGAGUUCCCUAGUUAAGUAGACAAGACCAAGAGUACUUGCUCUUCCCCAAAUCAACUCUUAAUCAAUCAUAUACCAAUUUGUCGUACCAUGCAGGACCAUAGAUGUAUUCUGGUGGCCUAAAUUCCCCAGAGUUCCUCAUCUAGCAGUUGGGUAAUUUAGCUGUAAUUGACCAAUUAGUCUGAGAUUUCUUUCACGAACUCUCGUCCUCCUAUAGCUUGUGAGGGACCUGCCUUACACCUUAGAAAGAGAGUGUUCUGCCUCCCCUCCUCACAGCCUGCCUUCCCAGGAAACCAAAGCUUUCACGCAGCGCCGCUACAUAUGAGUACCCCCCCCC